CACAGUCACCAGUCACGCCCGUUUACAUAUAAACGCAAACCAGUUGUCUUUUGUAUGAGGUAGUGAGUGGUUGCGUCAAAUUACGUAAAUUUACAAUAUGCCGAAAAUUAUCAAUUUUGGUGCCGGUCCGGCGAAAAUGCCAGAAGAUGUGUACGAAACAAUACGAGAGGAGUUAACAAACUUUAAAGGAUCGGGAAUAAGUUUGAUGGAGACAAGUCACCGUACGUCUACAUAUAUGACCUUUAAUACUGAGACACAAAAUGUUGUUAGAAGACUGUUAAAUGUACCCAGCAACUACAAAAUCCUGUUUCUCGCUGGUGGUGGUCAGGGCCAAUUUGCUGCUGUACCUAUGAAUUUAAUUUCAAGGACGGGUACUGCGGAUUACGUUGUAACAGGAUCAUGGUCAGCAAUGGCGGCUAAAGAAGCGAAGAAAUAUGGCAAAGUGAACAUGGUUUUGCCGCCCACAGAUCGUUAUGUGGGCAUCCCAGACCAAUCGACUUGGAACCUGGACCCUAAUGCCUCAUACGUCCAUAUUUGUGGAAACGAAACUAUCCACGGUGUUGAGUUUGAUUUCAUUCCGGACACAAAGGGAGUGCCAUUAGUUGCUGAUAUCAGUUCUAACUUUAUGUCGAAAAAAUUGGAUGUGUCCAAGUUCGGAGUAAUAUACGGGGGUGCUCAAAAGAACAUCGGAACGUCAGGAGUAGUUGUAGUCAUAGUACGGGAGGAUCUUCUCAACCAAGCACUGCCUAUUUGUCCCGUUGUUUUAGACUGGACUGCGAAUGCUAAAGCUGAUUCUAUAUUGAAUACUCCGCCUAUGUUUGCUAUCUAUGUCAUGGGCAAGUGCCUCCAAUGGAUAGAAUCCAAAGGUGGUUUGGACAAAAUGGCCGAACUAGCAGCAAAGAAGGCAUCCAUGAUUUACGGUUUAAUAGAGAAUUCAAAUGGUUUCUACUACGCACCAGUUGCUAAGAACGCUAGAAGCAAAAUGAAUGUUCCGUUUAGAAUUGGUUCGGAUAAAGGUGAUGAAGCUUUGGAAAAGGAGUUCUUGAAGGGCGCUGAAGCUCUAGGCUUGAUUCAGUUGAAGGGACAUAGGAGCGUCGGUGGUAUUCGCGCAUCUAUAUAUAAUGCAGUUACUGUCGAGGAAGUAGAAGUUUUAGUUAAAUAUAUGACUGAAUUCUACAAAAAGCACGCCAAGUAAAAUGUCAUUUAAUAUUUGUAUGUUUGUUUAUACAAUGUAGGAAAUGACGCACUUUCUCAAGAAUAGAACUUGAGUAUCGAUAUUAUUAAAAUAAACUAUAUUUUUGUAUGACUUUA